AUGUAUCGGUGUAAAGCUCUGCAUCGAUUUUUGUGGAAAGCUUUGCACGAAAACGGAUCAAGCCUUCAGCUUCCGGGUGAGGAGAGCGAUGCAACCGUACAAGACUCGACUACUGAAGGAGAUAGCAGCUAUUUUACUGGUAGCCAGAAGCAGCAUCAGCCCACUUUGCCUGGAAUUGUGUUUUCUCGCGAAUCCGUUUUGCACUCAAUGCCUGUACAUUUGUACAUUCAAAUUUUCUCGGGCGGGGCAAUCCUGACAGGCGCCGAGUUCGCUAUUGUUGAGGAGACCAUCAAGCACCAGCGCACAUUUCAAGCAAUUCCAGAAGCACUACGCGAAAAGAUAUGGAGUCAUGAAUCUCAGCGCACGGCAAAGGUUUUGGGUACUCUGGCAGAUCUAGGCUUAGUACUACCACACAAGAUUGGAAUGAAACACCUGGUAAAGAUCCUUCGAGCCGGGUACACUGAUGGCCGCGACGGUGUGCUUUCCCGUGCACUGAAUGAAAAUGCACUCGGCGGGCUUUUUCGCUUUAACAAGCAGGUCCGAAUUGUUUUAGAUGAUAGUGACAGAGAAGAUCGCCUUUUCUCUCCUGGAGAUUCAGAGCGCCGUAGUGUGAACGAAUUCAAUUCGAUUCGCGUUGUUGGUUUUACCGAAAAGACGUACAGCUUCGCGGACUCGCUGCCAUUGCGAUUUUCUUUCCAGUCGGAAUGCGAUGUUGAUCGCUACUGGGAGGCUCUCGAGUGUCUCUGUCUUGAGCAGAUGACAAUGGAAGUGGAAAACCCUCGAAAAAACGAACCAGUCGUGUGUGGAGUACCUAAGCCAGUUAAGACCCGUGCGCGACGAAUGCUGCGUAUUCUCGCUUGGAUACCGAAAUCACGAAAGCCUGCACUGAAACACAAGCUUGAGGAUGGUAGUGACACUGCUCAUGUUGCUAUUAGUGGCAUUGUGUCUACAAACGUCCGAUCUCGCAAAAAACGACGUCUUGCUCAACAUGGGGACGAAACAAAUCAUGGCCAUGAUGGAGUCAAAAGAAGGAACAGGAAGAAAAUCAGGGACAAUGUAGGAGAUGAAGACCAGCCAAAGUCGGGAGUCCUUACUUGGACAAAGAUGCAUGAACAGCAAUUGGUGGAUUACUUUAUUGACAGUAGCAAGAGUCAGUGGAGAAUAGCUAUUCCUCAAGGUUUGCAACGUGAUAAAGAGCAAGUCGCUUUUCGAAAUUCUACACUUUCACGAACAGGUUUCGGUCUUGUGGCUAUCUCAAGGAAGCUAGGCAAGCGUAAGAUUGACGUGAAGAAGCGACUUCGAGAAAAAUUGAUGGAGCCUGUCGUAAAGCUACUAUUUGAAAAUGCGAAGCGAGAGGCGCAACUUGCUUAUAAUCCUGGUGGGUUAUUUGACGAGGAAAUUGCGAUUCAAGCGUCAACUAGACUUACAGCACUCUUUCGGCGUGCCGUGAUGAUGAUCGCGGUGCCACGAGAAGACUAUCAUCCACUCGUCGCUGAAGAAUUGAUCUCGUUCUGGACCCCACAGGAGAUUCGACUUGUUUGGCGAUAUCUCUGGCUGAAGAACUGGAUCGUUCGCGCGUCUGAGAAAGAGCGGGGUCGUGGAUACUCCGCCAGCCAACGACUGCAGGACUCGCUCAAAGUGACCACAUUGUCAUACCCUUUGCUGCUAUUUCAGCAGGCCGCAGAACAGGAGAGUAUGGUUUGCUCCACACUAGAAGAAAUUACAGCUGACUCUAGCGAAGCAAGGCAUCGUAGCGAACCGCAUAACAGCGACCAACUCUUUGAGGUUGAUUUCCCGACCAAUGCUACACCCGGCCAGUGUGCUCUCGAGUUGGCCUGUCAAGUGCUUGGUACAUGCUCGCUUACAGCAGUUCUUUCCUCGGUUCCAGAUACGAUCACAGAGAUUGAAGAUGCGCUAGACAUACCACAGCCAAACGGCAAACGACUACCAAGCUCCACUAAACGAGAAAGUCUUUUGACUUGCAGGAGCCUGAAGGACAGGUCCGGUUUCGCUGCACACUUGGCCAACAAGGUAAAUGUUGCGAAAGCAUCGGAUCUUAUUGAUACUUGGAGAGUGGAGACCAAGAUGUAUGCAGUGACUAUCGAGGAUACAGACCUGUUGAGUGCCUGCGAGGCGUUUUCUCUGGAAGAGAUGGAUGGCAACGAUAAAUCGGAAGCAGUCGCGUUUCGCCAAUGCCGAAACCACAAGGAAUCUGAGGACGCGCUGGAGCAUGCAUUGCUGAGUCAUGUUUGUGAAAGCGGUGAGGAGGGGCUGACGUUGUCAGCGUUGGUGGAAAAGGUGCGCUCAAGCAUUGACCAUGAGGUCCCUCACGCUGCUUUGCAAAUGCGCGUGGAACGCUGCCUGAUCUCUCUUGUUGAUGAGGCUGUGCUCAUUUGUGUUAACGCGUACUACGAUCAGCGCUACGUUGUCAAAGAACAUGGAGACGUUGUCUUUGAAGGUGAGAAGGACACCUUGUCUUUUCCGUGGCUGAAGAUGGACGGUGGAACGAAUUAUAAAUUUCUGUUCGCGAUCCAACGCAAGUUGCUAUCGCUGGUUAUUCAGGCACCGGGUAUUACCGAAAAGCGCGCAUACGUCAAGAUGAAUCGACUACUUUCGUUGCAGGAUACCCGCGAAGCCAUGUCGCUACUCGUGGAGGAAGGACUGGUAUAUGUUCGAGCAGUCACCCAUUCAGCAGGUGAAGCCACAAGCCUGUUUCGACCGUCGAUGACACAGCCUUCAGCUCCAAAGGUCAUUAAGCUGGUGGGUAGUAUCUUGACCUACGACCGCUCCAUUUUUGAAGUACAUUACUUUCCCCAUGUCGAGUGCAUCCAGCGAUUUGGAAGCAUUGUGCAGGACUAUCAAAACGUCGAUGAUGGGGUGUGA